AUGGUUAAUGUCUUUGCGUGGAACUGUAGGGGUGCUGCUGUCCCCAAUUUUUUACUUUAUUUUCGUGAAUUUAACAGGAUACACCAUCCCAACCUGGUCUUCAUCACUGAGCCGAAGAUUAGUGGAUCGGAAGCAGAGGGAGUGAUUCAUAAGAUGGGUUUUGAUAGCAACCGGAGGGUCGAAGCUCAAGGAUUUGCAGGAGGAAUAUGGGCCCUAUGGAACUCGAAUGAGCUAACUCUUUGUGGUGAGUACGGAACGGAUCAACUCCUCCACCUCCACUUUCGGCUAACGUCGGGGGAGGAAUGUGUGAUCUCCUGUAUCUAUGGCUUGCCCCAACUGAGCACUCGACGUGGACUCUGGGAGACGAUGAGAAGGCUAGUGAGUCAGAUGGACCUCCCAUGGCUCUUGAUUGGAGACUUCAAUGCCAUGCUUGGACCGGAAGACAAACAAGGCGGAAGGGGCUUCAACAUGGCGCCGAGUCGUGAGUUCCGUGAAGCUGUCGAAGACUGCAGCCUGUUGGAGAUUGAUUACUGUGGACCUCGUUUUACUUGGCAUGGGGUGCAGGGACUCAAAGAACGGCAGGAUCGAGCGGUGUGUAACGCACUUUGGUUGCAGCGGUACCCAGACACUAUGACCCGGCAUCUCUGA